UUAAUUAAAGAAAAUUAAUUUGUAAGUUAUAAAAAUAAGAAAAGUUUCUGUGUCAGUUUUAAAUCGUGUUUGAAAGUGCAACGGACAAUGUUAGUGAGUGACGUUUCGUAUUUUUUUUUUAAUUUAGAAUAAACAAUGGCGGUGUUUUAGUGUUGUAUUAAAGUUUUAAAAUAAAGUGUUUUGUGAUAAUGACGAGUAAUAGUCAUUGGCGUCGCUACAAUCUUGUUGGAUUCCUGUAAGAUUGUCACAAGGACAGCCCACCGCCGUCAGACGCGGCGGCCAUCAUGAAAGAAAAAAGCAAGAACGCGGCAAGAUCUAGACGGGAGAAGGAAAACGCGGAGUUCUUGGAGCUGGCGAAGCUUCUGCCUCUGCCUUCAGCCAUUACCUCGCAGCUGGACAAGGCUUCCGUUAUCAGACUCACGACCAGCUAUCUGAAGAUGCGACAGGUUUUUCCUGAUGGUCUCGGUGACGCGUGGGGAGCAGCGCCACCUCCCCCGCAGCCCCGGGAGCUGUCCAUCCGCGAGCUGGGCUCCCAUCUGCUGCAAACCUUGGACGGCUUCAUCUUCGUGGUGGCGCCUGAUGGCAAGAUCAUGUACAUCAGUGAAACAGCCUCCGUGCAUCUUGGGCUAAGUCAAGUAGAGUUAACCGGCAACUCGAUAUACGAGUACAUACACCAGUCAGACCACGAGGAGAUGACGGCGGUGCUCAGUCUGCAGCACCCGCACUCCUACCUGCCGCACCAGUACCCAGGGCUUGGCCACCCAGUUGUGGGCACGUGGGGCCCAACAGUGGACAUUGAAUGCGAACGGGCAUUCUUCAUCAGAAUGAAGUGUGUGCUCGCCAAGAGGAAUGCCGGACUCACCACAUCUGGGUAUAAGGUGAUCCACUGUUCAGGGUAUCUACGCGCGCGCCGUUUCGACGAAGGCUCCGCGCCGCUCGGACUCAUCGCUGUGGGCCACUCAUUACCGCCCUCUGCCGUCACCGAACUCAAACUACACUCAAAUAUGUUCAUGUUUCGAGCUUCUCUGGACAUGAGAAUUAUAUUCUUGGAUGCCAGAGUGGCGUCCCUCACCGGGUAUGAACCCCAGGACCUCAUCGAGAAGACCCUAUACCACUACAUCCACGGAACCGACGUGUUACACAUGAGAGACUCACAUUGUACAUUGCUAACGAAAGGUCAAGUGACCUCCCGCUAUUACCGGUUCCUAACUAAGAGUGGCGGGUGGGUGUGGAUGCAGAGCUACGCCACCAUCGUGCACAACUCCAGGUCUUCAAGACCGCAUUGUAUCGUCUCCGUCAACUAUGUACUAAGUGACGUCGAAGAAAAGCACCUCAUCUUAAACAUCAGUCAAUCAGCGAAGUACCACACGGAGUGCCCCACGCCGCAAGCACCCCCCACCACCUCCCCCCAGAUCCCCCACAGACACGAGAAACUCCCCGUCGGGGUCACGGAGAGCGAGUACAGUGACUCCUCCGGGGGCUACACUUACCCCGACUAUAAUAUACCUGUCAUACCCCCCUACGACGCUCAAGAUGACUACCACCAACAAAAUGGCUCCUACCAAGAGAUCUUCUACGAGAAUUAUACAGAAAGCAACGAAAUACUACCAAAUUAUGUCUCUUACCCCCAAAAUCAGCGGCCAUUCUCAGCUAGUUCCUCAUCUUGUAGCUCAGUCGAGGGCCCAGAAAUAACGAAUCAAUAUAAUUACACAAAUUUAAUAUCAUUCUAUGGAAACCAGAAUCAAAAUGGCCGACCUGUAGUCGAUAAUUUCGCGGGAACAUUUGGGAAGCUUACUCCAAGUCCUGCCGUCCAGGAAGGUGGAUAUACGAGUGUUAUAGUUGAUAAUACACAACAGUUUCAUCAUCAUAGUGCAGGAGUUAACGAAUUUGUGCAUUGACAGAAAAACAAUAGUUCAAAGAAAAAAGUGCACCGUUUUUUUACGGUUUUUUAAAGCUCUCUUGAGAAGGACGGAGAUAUAGGAACAGAUAGUGAUGUCUCUCUCAUAAAAGAGCUUAGUCGAUUCAUAAAUUGUGUUAUAGAAGGAUAUUGUGUUGAUUUGACGAAUACAUUUUUGUAUUUACGAUAAGUUUUUAACACUAAAGAUAUUUGUUCAGUCUUAAUAUGAAAAUCAUCGUCAUAUUAUGAGUAUGGAAAUAAUAAUAAUGAUUCUGUUGUACUUAGACCUAAAAACUGGUUUUUUUUAGGGCGGGAGUUUAGGUAACUGUACUAUAUUGUAUUGCCACGGAAAAAAUAUCGCAAAUGUAUAUAAAAUUGUAAAUAAUAACAAAAUAAACUAGUUUU